GUUUCCAAUCGCAUUACGUGAACAAAUAGCGAAGGGGCAGCGGGGCCAGAACCGCUUGUGUAAGUGCAAACUUGUCAGAAAGUUUAAAAUCUCUCCCCCUUCUUUCACUCCAGACACUGUGCGCUCUCUGGGACCGUCGUGCGCCUCUCCUGUCGCCUUUCAGGACUGGGAAAGGGGAGAGAAGGAUCGUGCCACGUCCGACGGCUGGGGGCAGGGUCUGCCGUCAGCCCUUGGCACGACUCACUGCGACCCAUCCCCGCGCCUCGCCCUCCUCCUGGCCCGAAGAGGUCUCCUUCCUUCGCGGGAUCUGAGCCCUGUCUGCAUUUUCUCUCAGCCAGGUCCUCCCCAGGAAGGACUACCCAGGAGAGCCAUGCGUUUCGCCUGGACCGUGCUUCUGUUGGGACCACUGCAGCUCUGUCCCCUUCUCCGCUGCGCCCCGCAGGCCCCGCGCGAGCCACCGGCCGCCCCGGGCCCCUGGCGCCAGACAAUCCAAUGGGAGAACAAUGGGCAGGUGUUCAGUCUGCUGAGCCUGGGGGCGCAGUAUCAGCCGCAGCGACGCCGCGACUCCAGCGCCACUGCCCCGGGACCCGACGGCAAAGCUGCCCCGCAGCCGCGCACGCCCAUUCUGCUGCUGCGUGACAACCGCACGGCCACUGCUCGCGCGCGAACACCAAGCCCGUCUGGGGUCGCCUCCGGCCGUCCCCGACCCGCUGCCCGCCACUGGUUCCAAGCUGGCUUCUCGCCGUCGGGGGCUCGCGAUGGUGCUUCACGGCGUGCAGGGAACCGGACUGAGUCGCCUCAGCCCCCGCAGCUCAGUAACCUGAGGCCUCCCAGCCAUGUAGACCGCAUGGUGGGCGACGACCCCUUCAAUCCCUACAAAUACUCCGACGACAACCCCUAUUAUAACUACUAUGACACGUAUGAGAGGCCCCGGCCUGGGAGCAGGUACCGACCCGGAUAUGGCACCAGUUACUUCCAGUACGGUCUCCCGGACCUGGUACCGGACCCCUACUACAUUCAGGCAUCUACAUAUGUGCAGAAGAUGUCUAUGUACAACUUGAGAUGCGCUGCAGAAGAAAACUGCCUGGCCAGUUCAGCAUAUAGGGCAGAUGUCAGAGAUUAUGAUCACAGGGUAUUGCUACGGUUUCCUCAAAGAGUGAAGAACCAAGGGACAUCUGACUUCUUACCAAGCCGUCCCCGAUAUUCCUGGGAGUGGCACAGCUGUCAUCAACAUUACCACAGCAUGGAUGAAUUCAGCCACUAUGACUUGCUUGAUGCCAACACACAGAGGAGAGUGGCUGAAGGCCACAAAGCAAGCUUCUGCCUCGAGGACACAUCCUGUGACUACGGGUACCACAGGCGUUUUGCGUGUACUGCGCACACACAGGGAUUGAGCCCCGGAUGUUAUGAUACCUAUGCAGCAGACAUAGACUGCCAGUGGAUUGAUAUUACAGAUGUACAACCUGGAAACUACAUUCUAAAGGUCAGUGUGAAUCCCAGCUACCUGGUGCCUGAAUCAGACUACAGCAACAAUGUGGUACGCUGUGACAUUCGCUAUACAGGACACCAUGCCUAUGCCUCAGGCUGCACAAUUUCACCGUGA